AUGGCCAUCAUUACUAGUCACCUUCCUCCCAUUUUCUAUGCGAUUGCCGCUAUCCUGAUAGGCACCGCUCUCAUCACAUACAUGCUCGAAAUCAUCAACGUGGACAUUACAGCACUCUUCCGCAGCAAGAAAGGAAGACUCGGCCAAUCUGCCUAUCAACCAAUCUGCGAGCGGUUCCUCAAGACUCUCGCCAUCUCAGACCCCACCCACCCUCCGUCUAUCUCCUCAAGUAUCUGUUCGCGUGGUUACCUUGAGACACUCCCUGUACGCUCAGGACCUCGCCCAACUGUGACGGGCAUCAGCCAACCUCGGCAAACCACACAGCUACCUUGCUUGGACAAAGAAGCUGAAAUACCAUCUCGCCUACGAGACGUCAUCACAGCCACCUGCGUCCGAUAUCCGACGACGACCUACCUGGGUAGCUCUACUUUCGAGAUCGAUGGCCCCGUUACACUCUAUGCACGUCAGCGCAUUUUCAACGAGACACAAUAUUACGGCGAGAUCCUCCGCGCUGACCGCGCUGGCGGUUUGAUCCAGUGCACCUUGCAUCCGUGUGAUGUGAAGACCGUAAUUGAGAAGGGCUGGGGGCAGCGCCAUCCACUCACUACGCGUCUGGCAUCUUGGUUUGCCAUGCACGAAGCCCACAUCAGCCAUUCACCAGAGUCUAGAGUGGUCCUGUAUGCGCCUAGGAGCCAGGCGGAAUUGGAAGUCUUGAAACAUAUUAUGCAGGCUGCCGUGUGGGGGGUUGGUGGGAUCGAUCCUCAGAUCGACGACGAAAAGGUGUGA